GCGGUCGUAGAGAAGUUUUCUGACGUAGAAUGGUUGCUGGAGCGGCUGAUGGCUUUCUCACAAAAAAAAACAUGGUGGCUGGUGGUGGUAGGGCUGCUAUUUAAUACGAGAACAAGUAUUGCGCUAGCACAAGGGCAGGAAUGUGUAAAUCCGGCGGGGAAGACUGGCCGUUGUAUCUUGUUCCGAGAAUGUCAACCACUGCUGGAGAUCUACAACAAACGAUUAAGCACACCGGACGAUAGGAGCUUUCUAGUAAGCAGUCGCUGUGGUGAGCUUGAUAGGAAAGCACUGGUCUGUUGCGCAAGUGUCAACGAUAAGCCUCAAGCAGCAAAAAGAACUCUUCCUGAGGCUCCGAAUUGUGGCAUCCAGCUUUCGGAUCGCAUCGUUGGUGGACAGGAAACGCAGCUCGACGAGUUUCCGUGGUCGGCACUGAUCGAGUACCGGAAGGAAGACGGUUCGCACGAUUUCCACUGUGGUGGGACGCUGAUCAACGAACGAUACAUCGUGACAGCAGCCCACUGCGUACAGUCGUUGCCUCGGGGCUGGAUGGUCUAUCGUGUGCGACUCGGUGAGUAGGACCUUGCCUCGACAACUGAUUGCCAAGGAGGAAUCUGUUCUCCUGCUCCUGUGAACCGUGAAGUUGAGAGUGUCCUCGCGCAUCCAGGGUACAGCUACCAUGACACGAACCACUACGAUGAUAUCGCGCUUGUUCGUUUCACACAAAAUGUUCACUUCUCCGGGACGAUACGACCGAUCUGUCUACCCGUUUCGGCGUCAUUACGUACUCGCUUCACGGAUGGGGCAUCCAGUUACGCUGCCGGUUGGGGCAAAACGGAAUAUGCCUCCGCGAAUCUACGGAAGCUUAAGGUGGAACUGACCAUUCAACAUCUCCAGAAGUACCUCCCCGUGUAUCAACGCAUCGGGAUUGCCCUACGAUCUACGCAGAUGUGUGCCGGAGGUGUCCAGGGUAAGGACACCUGCAACGGUGACUCUGGCGGGCCACUGAUGGGGCAGGCUAGAGGUGCAUGGUAUCUGCUCGGCGUAAUCAGCUUUGGGUUGAAAAACUGCGGCUCUGCUGGAGUUCCAGGGGUAUACACUAACAUGGCAGAGUAUAUUGACUGGAUUCGUGAUAAUAUAUAUUAG